AUGGACGCCUCACGUUAGUCCCAAGCACCACUCCAGUCAUCGGCACAGCUACUGACCUUGCAGCUUUCUCUCCAGCAGCGACCCUGGUCGAGUCUGGCUCGCCGGUGGUGCAGUACCCGCGCUCGACUUUGCUCGCGCUGUACGCGUCCCCACUCGUGCCCGACACUCUGCACGGGAUGAAACCCCUGUCGGAAUGGUAUGGGUCAGUCAACUCGUUUGUCAACACCACGCCCAGCGAUGUUCUAGGAAAGAGAGGGGCGUCACGCGGGGGAAAGGGCGGGGCUUUCGCCCCACUUGUCUCCGCGUGACAUCUCUCAGACGACCGCUUCGACCUCAACGCUAUCACGCAUUGUAGACCACUCGGCCAGUCCAUUGACUCAUUCCCACCGUCUGCCAGGGAAUAUCAAGACCCGCCUUCGUCACCCCCGACAAGAACACGCGAAGCGCCAGCCAGCGGAGCAGCGUCCCGUGCACAUAACAACAGCACGUCCUCAUCAAACCACACCUCCAAUGCGGGUUCCAAUCUCUCUGGUGGCCGUCCUAACCCCUUUGCCAACUUUGGAAGGUUCGGCGUCGAUGGAGGCUUGGACGCGGGAGACGUUGCGGGCUUCACUGCGGCCAAGUCCGCUUCGGGCGUCAACGACAAGCGUAGCAGGGAUGGCGUACCGCAUCUGCAGAGGGAAGCAAUGCCCAUCGGAGGCAGAACAGGUGCAAGGAGAGCUGACGCCUCGAUCGAGGGGACCAGUCCGACCAAAUCCUCGGCAUUUGGUAACGAUCGGCUCAGAGCUUCGACGAGCGCGGGCGGUGCCGACGAGCGCAAUGGGGCUCUAGGGUCGAGUACAUUAGGGAGGAGAGACGAUCAGAAGAAGGAUCGGAGAGCACCGAAUGAAGGAGGGUGGAGGAGCGUUGGUGGAUUGACCGGUAAGAGUCGAGCUGAACUGGCCCCCUCAAACUGCCCGGUGCCCAGAACUUAGGGCUGACGACCUGAUCACCUUGCGCGGUUCUUGGCAGAUCGAGACCGAAGAACAGGACGUGGGAAUGAACAACCUCGUGAUCUUCGCGAUCUUCGCAACGACAAGCGCGAUCGCAACGACGGUCUCAGCUCCUCGGCGAGGGGCCAACGUCAACCGGCGUGGAUGGACAGCGACGGACCUCCUACGUCGUCCGGCUCGGCUCCCUCUUGGAUGGACGCCCCUAUCUCGAGCGAGAACUUUGAACUCGGUGGUCGUGCACUACCGCCUCAUGAUCGGGAGCGAGGCGCCCCUUCUUCGUCAGGAGUUGCGGGUGCUCCCGAAGGUGGGGUCGAUUCUAUCGCGGCGUUCAAGAAGCAGAUGAAGGAGUUGGAGAGGAUCAGGUCGGGUGGUGGAGAUGUCGAGGAACCGAAGCAGCCGUCCGAGUCGGUGUUCGCCAGCCUCGUCAAGGCCCCGGCUCAACAACAAUCCGAGUCACAGUCGAGCGUGCUCGACUCUCUGCAUUCAGGAGGUGGUGUGUCGACGGGCGCAGAUGAUGCGAGUGCUCCACGCGAGGGAGGUAGUUCGAGUCGGUUCGCCAAGUACUUUGACGGCAAACCGCCCGCUCCCGCCACGUCACCGAAUGUGCAGCCACAACAGGUACCCUCAGUGUUCGAGGCACUGCUAGGAGGCGGUGUUGGCGGAGCUUCGAAGGGCGGCAACACGGCCGAGUCAUCAUCAAAGGAUGCUGAGAGCAUGGCCCGACUGAUGGGGAUGCUGCAAGUCUCGAGCGCUCGCGCGACUUCUCCCGUUAACUCCAAGUCGGCUGCCCCUAUCGCUUCUCCACCAGCACUCCCGAGCCCAGCAAAUGCUCCUAUGCCACCCCACCCGCAAUUGAACGGCGAUCGAUCACGGCAGACCUCGGGUUCGGGCAGUCGUUUCGCCUUUUCCCAACCACCUUCGAACGCUACGCAGUCAGCGCUGGCCUCCUCCCAACCCCACGAGCACCAACACCAGGCACAACUUUCGUCUCGCUCGGUUUCGGCAUCUCGAUCGGGACCGGCUGAGCAACCACCCCGCUCUCCGCCGCGACAAAGCAACCACCAAGCUACGCAUGCAUUCACUCUGACCCCUCUCGGCUCGCCCUCAACCGAAGGAAGACCUUCGCAACCCCAACAUCCGUCGCAGCAACACCACCAUCAUCAGUCGGCACACUCUCGAGCCGGCUCGGCGCAACCUGUCUCCCCGCCCGUGUCGGCCAACUUUGAGCUGCCUCCGAGUGGGCCCCAGUCGCCCGGCGGAAUGCCACCACCACCUCCUCAAUUCUUUCAGAUGCUGAGCGGGAUGCAGUCGCCGCCUCCGCAACAGCAACACAUGAAUGGCGGCGUGGCUUUGCGACCGUUACCUCCGAUCAACAAUGGGUUGUUGCCGCAACAAGUUCCUGCUCAGCAGCACCAACAGCAACAGCACCCGAUUCCUGGAGGGCCCCAUCAGAUGCCGCACUUCCAGUCACCGCCGCCACUGCCGCCGCAUAUGGGUUUCGGCAACUCGCCCAUGUCACCCGAGAUCGCCGCGGCUCACAUGCGUGCCAUGUCGAACCCGUCGCGCUCGCAACCCCCACCCUUCAACAUGCCCCCACCUCCCUUCAUGUACGGCGCCCCUCCACCUCCGAUGGGCUCGAUGGCACCCAACAUGCCCCCCUUCCCAGCCCAUUUCCGUCCUCCACCCCCUCCCGCACCUUUCAGUGGAGCCGGCGUACCCGAUCUCAUGGCUUUGCUCAACUCUGGAGGGGGUCCAAGGAUCGGCGCCGCGUCGGCUCCUUUACCUCUUCGUGCUCGUCCAAUGCCGCAGGGACAACCCCAACAGCAGCAACAACAUAGCAUGCGUCAAUUCAUGUCCCCGCCUCCGAUGAAUCAUGGUCAAUAG